AUGACUAGAUGGGUAUCAUCACAGCUUUUUGGUUUGGCUGAUGCUUUGCAACUGAUCCGAGACUUGUUCCCUCCAGGGGUACUGCCACAGAAUGACCACAAACUACAACCACCACACCGGGACCUCAGCCCAGAGCGUAUUCUAUGCUUUGAAACAAAAGGCAUCACUCACUGUGUACUCAAGAUUGCAGACUUCGGGUCUAUGCAAUACCACGACGAUCAAGCCCAUCACCAACGAGGCUUUGAGACAUGCAUGGGCUCGGCCUACCGCGCUCCAGAGCUGCUGACUGGUGAACCUGCUCACAGUUCGGAUCUAUGGUCCUUCGCAUGCAUCAUCCUACACUUCAUAGUCUGGUAUCAUGGCGGUUGGGCACUGGUGAAUGCAUUGUCAGCUUUGAGCUCCGCCGAAGAAGAAGAAUGUCUCGGUGCUUAUACUGAUGAUGAUAAGUUCUUCAAGUACGGGCACUUAAUGGCCACCCAGCUUGGCGGUGAAGUAAUUGGCCAGGGAAAGGAUGUCCCAAAUACUAUAGUAUUGAAAGAGUCUAUUGAACAAGAAAUGUCAAAAUAUCUCGAACAAGGCAAGAGCCAUUUUGUUCGCGACAUCAUUGGCCUGGUCAAGAAAGACCUUCUUCAAGCAGAUGCUGGGGAGCGGGCAAGUUUUAGUGAUGCGUACUGUAGAAGCACACUUUCAAGUUGA